CCGUGAUUGCAUCGACUGUCAACGCUGGAGAGACUUGGGCCAUGGAGACAGAGGACAUUGUGAAGGGUCUUGCAGAUGGCAGCAAGGAAGGGAAUUCGGUUGAGAUGAACACCACUGACUAUGCAGACGUGCUGGCAACAAUAUAUGCACAGACUGCAGAGAUGAUGGGUGAUGGUGAUGAAUCAGACAAUGAUGCAGGAGGGAGCACUUGUGAGACGGAAAAGGUUGGGGAAGAGAGAGGAGAGGGAGGURUGGGGAGCAGGGAAAAUCAUGCAGGGUGUAUUGUUGAGGAUGAAAAUGUGGUCAAGACAUUAGCARGAGAACADUUCCCAUAUGACAUCAAUUGGGUGCCUGGUCGUGUUCAACCGGGUAUUGUUGGAGGAGUACCCUGCUUCGCGUUCAAAGUGGCUGGGACUUGGGUUCCAUUUCCUAUCCCCAAAACAAGCACAUGGCGAAACGUGACUCUGUCAAUCGUGUUUGACAAAGUUAUAAGGUUGAACGAUGCGGCAAGAGCUCAGGAGAAAGGGCAACAUGUGUUGAAAAUGUGGCAUGUUCUAGAGGUGAAGGGCGAGUUCAGGCUUAACAAUUUUUUGUACGACAGUUUUGAUUGCGGAACGCCAUGGGUGAUUGGUGGGAACGAUGCAGCAGCGAGAACGGUGUGCCCCGAGAAUGAUUCAAGGAGGGAUCCUAGGUGGGGUUUGGUAUCAUAUGAGAUCCCGAUUACAUGUGACCGGGUGAGGAUGCAGAUGCGUGAUGCCAUGGGAAAUGUCUGGAACACGCAUUACAUCAAUGACAGGUUCUCCUUCAGGCAUCUCAACAGGGAGGUGUCAGAAGAGGAGAAGAAGGCAAUAACAUGUCCCCCUCAUACUGCUGGGUGCUUUUUCCCGCCGCUUCGGAACCCUAUGGAGUUCGAGGUGGUGGACGGGGAACUUUUCUCUGGUGAGGAUGGUGGCACAUACACAGCUGCAAGAGGGCAGGAAACCACGUAUGAUGGACUAUGGUCGCAGAUAUGGGACCAUGUCACAUUGAGGCGUGACGUUUUGACUGCCAUGGACAUUGGGGCCCAUGUCAUCCCUGAGGGACAGUUCCAGCAGCGUAUGGCCCCUGAAAAGUAUGGCUAUCGCGUCAAUUGGGUCCCGGGAUGUUUGCAUCCUGCAGUGGUUGAUGGCAAGGUGACGAUGGCGGCAAAGCUGCAGUCAGGGCAGUGGCUCCCAUUGGGAUGGAUGCAUGCAGGCAUUGUGGAGCAUUGGCAGUUCCUGGUUGUUCUGGCACGUGUCUCAAUUUUCAAUGUAAAUGUUAAGGACCACGUGCUGUUGGUUGAACACGCAAAGCGCUGUUGGGAGAAGAUCAGGGAGGAGGACCGUCAGAUGGUGUGUGCGGGUUACGAUUCCAUGGUAGACCAGAGGAUGUGGUCCAUGGUUGAGGGGAGUUGCGCUAGGCAAGAGCACAGCGACGGUGAGAACAUAUACAUGACUCACAUUCGCCGCAGGCACCGUUGCACGACCCUUCUUGGCUGGGUCCCAGUCGUAUGUCCCAUGACAUACGAGCAUGGUGGAGACGUCACCAUGACAUUCACAGACCCACUUGGUGUGCCUUUCCAUCUGACCUACUCAGAUGGACUCCUGCGAGACAUUCGGUAUGUCGAGAAGAACGACUUGGCAGGUGGAUUGACGUGGAAGGGCAAGAGGACAGAGAAGCGCUCCGGAAUUUUCCGUUUGUCUGUUGAGGUGGAGGGCGCAUGUGGUCCUGGUGGUAGCGCAGGGUGCUCUGCAGCACAGGGGGACACGGCCAGCCCAAGUCACGCUGCGAUGUCCCAGAGUCCGAGGAAGAUGAAGAAGUGCGCGUCGAAACCGCCAACUGGGAAGACGGCUGCAGGCAAAAAGAAGAAGAGCCCGAAGCCCGUGUCAGCCACCGAUGACACUGCAGAUGCACGCAGUCAGCCCCACAGACGCCCUCGACGCCCCGGGAUGGCAACUCUAGCGGAAAUCAGGAAGUUGCAACGAUCCACCGACCUCUGCUUGGCUUUCAGGCCAUUCUUGCGGAUGGUGCGCGAGGUUGUGGAGGAGACCAUUGCUCCUGGUGCGGGCGUGAGGUUUCAGAUGACGGCGGUGCGUGCUUUGAUGGAGGCUGCCGAGGCGUACCUGGUUGCCAAUUUCGAGAACACCAACGAGGUCGCGAUCCACUCGAAGAGGGUGACGAUCCAGGUCAAGGACAUGAGGCUGGUGGAUAUGUUGUCGAAGCCUCGCUGGGUGGAGAAAUAUGAAGGUAUGUUGGACGAGAGGGUAAGAGCAGAGGAGAGGAAGCGACGGAUGGAGGCCAGACAGGCGAAGACGGAUGGCAGCAGAGCAGGCGCGAAGAAGAGGAAAGCAGUGCCUCGGAUGUGCGAAGAUGGAGAUGUGGACAUGACAAUGCACCAAAAAGGGGGAACAUAUGCACCUGCAAAUUUCAAAAAGUUGUUGGGCACUGUGGCGAAGAACUCCGACAUGCUUGUUGAUGGGUCCAAGGACGAGUUGAAAAGUGGUGCUGCAGAGAUCUUGGUGUUGUCCAGAAUGAAGGACAUCACACAAACACCACCACAGGACUUUCAAGAUGUUCCUGUAAUUGUUGCAGAUGGUGUGGAAUAUGUUCAACUGGAUCAGCUCUGCAAUUUCAUGAAAAAGAGUGAUGAGGACAAGAACGUCAUCCACGAGGCGUUGCACGAAGUGACAGAGUUUGCACUGCAGGGUAAAGAUCUGAUCGAAUUUGUGCCAGCGAGAGGAGAAGACGACUUCAUAUCCGACAGACCGUUGUGGGGGGACUUAUUGUCACGCAAAAUGGACAGCGGUCCACGGGUAUGCGACUGUGGCAGGCCUUUCAUGUCCUUACGAACUUUGAAUUCACAUCGUGCGAGGGCAUGCCCGACUGUGCUGGACGAAAGAGCACAAGGGCAGGAAAUGGGUGUUGUUGACGUCUACGGGCCAUCAAACAUAGGUGCAGUGAAUCUCGUGAGCGAUGAGAGCGAGGACAUCGGAGCCCCCGAGAACGCAGACGGGGAGGGCGGGUCAUUCGCAGAGCAACAACUGCCGCCUGCCGAAUAUUUUGUCAGCUCUCGCAAGCUUGCGGCACUGAUUUUCUCUGCCAGGGGCAGCGUCGGUAUGUCGCAGAGUGACAUAGAUGCUCUCUUGUCACUUCUCAAAGACCCAAGAUUCAGCACGACAGACAUUGCGUACCGUAAUAGUCGAGAGUGUUUGACAUGGGCAGGCAGUCUAGCGGAGGCUGCGGGAUGGAAGGAGUCGGUUCUGCGUAGCGACGACUGACCACGAGAUGUGCACGCCAUC